AAGUUUAAAUAAAACUAUCAACACUAAAAUGUACGUUUUUACAAAAAGAAGUUUUUGUGCAAAGAAAAUAAUUAUUAGUUGUUGAUUUUUCCGAUUUCUCAGCAAUCCUUGAUCACCACAAUGUCAUAUCCGUUCUUGCUCAUUACUUUUUUCUUUAUUACAAGAGUUAACUCAAUUUAUCACGUGCAAUCGUCGUUUAAAGAAGAAUGCAAUUGUCAUUGUUCUGAACCUUCUCUAAAUGACGUAACUCUUUGCCAAAAAAUUUCCAAGUUCGAAAAGGAACUGUCAACCGUCAAAGAUGCCAUCGAAUAUCGGACUCGUUACAUUAAUCAAAUAAAUGAAUUAAAGGAAAAACUGGAUUGGCAAGAAUAUAUUAUUGAGAAGAUGUCAAAACAAAUUGAAUCGAUUAGCAAAUUUCCAGAAAAUCCAGAUGCCUUGAAACCAUCAGCAGAACCAUUAAAAAUGAAUCCAGAAGAUGGAAUGCAGAAUGAUGGUGGUUUGAGAAACCCUCGCAUCAAAGACUCGGGAGAAGAUCUGAUGAAAAAUAUGACCAAUCUUCUAGCUAAAGUCGAAGUAGUUGAAAAUAUUACUCUUGAAGUGCAAGAAGAAUUGGAAAGCGAACGUCGAGUGCGAAGGCAUAUUGAACAAGAUCUGAGUGAAGCUCGCACGUCAAUAAAGAUCUUGGGAGAUAAGUUCUCAAACUUCUCGUCUCCCUCGGAUGACAGGUUCUCACAGAUGGAAGAAAUUGUUUUAUCCAAUUUCGAAUCAAUGAACAAAACUUUCUUUGAAGAUUAUCUCCAGAAAUUGUAUUAUAAAGUGGAUGGCGUAGUGUAUCAAAAUGAAACAAAAAAACUGGUCGAGAGAUUGGAUAGUGUAGAAGCGGAACUUCAUCUAGGUACCAACACAAGCAUGAUCCAGAAACUUUCAGAUGAUUUAAGAAAUGUAACAGACGUUUUGAUCAAUUUAACAGAAUCUGUGACAGAAAAAAUGGCGUCAGAUGAGAGUCGUAUGGAGAUCAUUGAGUCAAAAACAAACAAGAUGGAUGAAAUGGAAAAUUUGAUUGGUCAAGUUGAGAUGCUUUCAAAUGCCAGUGUACUGAUGCAAAGUGGUUUGUCUGAUUUAUGGGAUGAUAUGAAAAAUGAAAGCAUGCGUCUACGAAAUGAAUUGGAACUCCGACUGGAACAAGUAGAAAACAACAACAUAGGAGGAUAUCAAAACUUGACUUCUGAUCUAGGUUUAUUGAAGUGGAAUUUAUCUCAAACAGAACAAUCUGUAUCCAAUAUCCGGACAGAAAUUACUAUCCUUUCUGCAGAUAUGACGUUAAUAGAAAAUAAAUUAUAUGAUGUUACAACAAACAUGGAAGCUGGCUUCAAAGAGACAGAUGCCAAGCUGGGAAAUAUGACUGAAGAUUGGAGAAAAGUCUUAGACGCCAAAACUCGUGAAAUAAUGAAAAAAGACGAUAAAAGGUUCGAGGAACUUAAGAUGAGACAGCACAAAACGGAUAUUUCAGACCUUGAAGAGGAUAUUAAAAAUAAAUUUGGCUAUGAUAUUUCCGAGGGAAACGAAGAUGACAUGGACGAUAUUGUUAGCUUUGGAAGUAAAGAUAACGAGGUAUGUUCUUUGCCAACUACUGAUGAUGAGCAUCUCCUAAUUACAUUGUAUGAAGAUAAAGAUGGUGUACAACGAUUAACGUUUGCUUGCUUUCCUAUCGGUCAAUAUGUUCUGAGCGAAGAAGCUGAUAAAAUAGAAUGUUUCAGAGGAGAAUGGAAAGGCACACUGCCAACUUGUAAGAAACUUUUAACAGAAGAAGAAAUGAAAGGUUUGGCAGAAGAGUUAGAUCAAGGAAAUCUUUGCAGAAAAUCCCCAUAUGGUCCAGAUUUUGAAGAUCCCACCGACUGUUCACGGUAUUUCAGAUGUUGGAGAAAUAGGAGCGAAAGAACACGUUGCAAAAGUGGACUUCAUUUUAAUCCCAUUGCAAAAAGAUGUCAGACUCCAAGUAUCUCCAAAUGCGUGACAUACGCUACACCAGCCACUGAAAUGUUGAAAGACCUUAUUCCAACCAUAAUCAUCGAUCCAGAUAAUGUAUACAGAGCGAAUGGAUUGAUGGGUACAAACAACUUAGGACAUCUUGUCGUAUAUCCAAGGACAUCGUUCAAGCUCCGUUGUCUCUAUCCAGACAACAUGUGGGGACUUCCGAAAUGGAACAAAAAUUAUCUACUCUAUCCAUCUAACCAACUGACGGUGUUCAUAACAUCAGCCUCAAGUGAAGACAGCGGCGUUUAUUCGUGUGUGACGCCUUUUGGAAAGCAGCAUUCAAUAACGGUUGCUGUAGAAGCAAUAUCGUGCCCAGAGUUUGACUCUGCGUUGUUGCAUGGCUUAUCCGUAUUCUACAGGCCUCAUCCAGAAGGCAUGGUCAGGGUAUUAUCAACUCAAGCUCAAUUCAAAUGUGACAAUGAUAAAACGAUAUCCGCAACUUGUUUAGCCAACGGAAUGUGGUCAAGGAGGCCUCCAACUGAAGAGGAGUGUCCUACACAAGAUUCGGGAAUGCCUUGGAAUUGUCCAUACCUUGAUAUUUCAAGCAAGCCCAAUCUAAUUUUGCAUCCAGUUAAGCCUUACAAGGAUAAGAUAAUAAUGUUCAACUGUACUCAUGAUUCACAUAAAACCGGAAGCCCUUUCACUAGGUGCAAAUCUGAUGGCAACUGGAGUCACAAAGACCUGCCAGAUUGCUUGCCGAAUUCACCAGGCAUCUCUUUCUAGGCUAAUUAAUUGUGUCACAGAAAUGAAAUUGCAACACGGACAGAAUAUUUAUCAGAGAUCACACAAUUAGUGGAAUAACCUAAUAAUUGAGUGUGUGCAAUUCACCCGACAAAAAACAUUUUCAUUGUAAAUGUAUUGAAAACGAUGAAGUAUAAAAAAAAAAUAAGAUAAAUGGUUUAUUUUGAAGACUGCAUUCAUUUCAUGCAAUUUUUCUUAUUGAAAACAAAUUUGUUAAGUGAAUCAUCCUUCAGAAGAAAGGAAGAAGACUUUUUAUAUUUUAAAGAAAAAUAUUUUUGUGGUUUAUAGCCUCGAUGUGCGAAUUUUUUCUAAACAAAAUACAUAAGAAAAUUUUUGUGUUAAAACAACUUUUUGUUGAACUACAACAAAAUGAAUAUAAAAUAAAGCUUUAUAGCAAUCGUAUUCAGUGAUUGUGUUUGUUUUUUUAAAUGAAAAUAUUAGAUUAUUUAUACUUGUUAUAAUAAAAUUAAAGAAAAGUGAGCAGCAAUGGCAUAAAUCCAGCUUUUGCCAAAAUGUUUCAGAACUGUUCAAUUGAUUGUCAUGGCUCAAUUAGUAGAAUGGGUCAAAAAGUAGAAGUAUCUUAAAUCUUUUAGUGCAGAGAAAUUGUCAACUAUAUAAAAAAGAAUGAAAAUUUUUUAUAUGUAUGUACUGAUAUCAGCUGCUGCCACAAUGGACAAAAAUUUGAUUAAAAAAACAGUUAUAUAA